AUGAGAACCUCUCUUGGAGGCCCACCUUUCCGCUUCCUGUGCCCAACGAUCUUUAUUUCAUUUCUUCUUACUCUCGUUUCUUUUCCUUCAGUCCUUCGGCUUUCUGUCCUUCAUCUAAAUCGAAUAUUUAAGAUGUCUGGGGUAUUUUUUUUUUUUUACUUCCUUGCAUUCAUUCGAACACAUUCCCUUCCUUGCUGGCGUUCCUUCAUUCGUUCUUUUAAUCAAUCACUUUUUCAUUUUCUUUCUUUUUUUUCAUUCUUACUGGUCUUUAUUUUCACUUUCAUUUUUUUUUUUUUUUCAUCAUACGGUAUUUUCAUCUACCUUUCCUUCUUUUCUAGAUUUUUUUUUUUUACCUUUCUUCUUUCUUUCCUUGCUUUCUUUUUUCUCUCCUUUUCUUUUUCAUCCCUCCUUUCUCUAGUUCAAUCAGGCUUUCUUUCCUUUCUUUCUCCAUUUCUACUUUUCCAUAUUGAACAUCUUCUUUCCCGCCAUUUUUUAUUUUUCUUUCCUUUUUUAUUGAUGCUUUUUUCAUUCUUUCUUUCUUUCUCCCUUUCUUUCUUUCUCCCUUUCUUUCUUUUUUCUUUCUUUCUUUCUUUCUUUCUUUUUUCCUUCUUUCUUUCUUUUUCAUUCUUUCUUUCUUUCUUUCUUUCUUUCUUUUUCAUCUUUCUGCCUUUAGUUCAAUUCAUUUUCUACACUUCUGCAUUCAUUAAAUGUUCUUCUCUAUCUAUUUCUUUCUUUUUUCUUUCAUUCUUUCAUUUGGUUCAUUUCUGUCUGUCUGUCUGUCUGUCUGUCUGUCUUUCUUUCUUUCUUUCUUUCUUUCUUUCUUUCUUUCUUUCUUUCUUUCUUUCGUUAUUUCUUUUUUCUUUCUUUCUUAUUCCUUUUUCCUUCAGUUCAUUUUCAUCGCCUAUACUUAUACAUAAAUGCUCUACUUUAAUCUUUUUCUUUUUUUCUUUCUUUCUUUCUUUCUUUCUUUCUUUCUUUCUUCUCGUUUUUCAUUCUUUGUAUAAAUUCCAUCUUCUCUUCGCAUUAUUCAAUUUUGCCUCUCUUCCUUGUUGGCUCUGUGUCAGGCGGAAGCCUCAUAUGCCGUUGUGA